GGACACUUCAAAUCCAUACUUUAAAGUGGAAGUGCAUAAUGCACUGCCCCUCGAUGACAUCCUGUCUUUGUUAAAGGGCUGUCCGCUCUAUGUUUAAAUGGCUUAAAGCAGGCUUGACUUUUAUCUGACUUCUUCAUUUUGCGGUGGCGUUCGGUUUGUAACUCCAGCCGAGAGAUGUAUCUUCGAGGUUUUGUGUUGUCGCUGUGCUUUCACUUGUCGCAGGCGGUCCCUCUUCCUGUCGAUGCAAUCAUAAUUCAGAUCCAGCAGUGGGGAGAGGUUGGAGCUCAGCAUGUCGCAAGCAAGGUUCUUCUCAAUGGAGUUACUUUUACAAGCUCAGACCAGCAAGUCAACAGCAUCAUCCGAACCAUGUCAGCUGGCGCACGUCUGCCUGCAAGUGUUGGCGUCAGCCCAAUUCCAGCUCUGAAGGAGCACACCAUCCUUCGCUCUCGGGACUGCAUACUGGAGGGGCCUCAGCUGCACUGGACCGACCGUGUGUUGUAUGACGGUGAGGUGUAUCUGACCCUGGCUCCCAAUGACACGUGGACUGCUCAUUUGCCCCAAGCGAUGGCCCUCAAACAGCUUUGGGACCAGGACGUGGAGCACACGAGGACAGAGAAGACCCUCCUGCAGAAAGGAUGUGUCCAGCUGAUGAGAGAACUCCGGCUUUCUGAAGAACAUUCAGCUCCUGGAAAUCUUUUGCCACGGUUUCUGAUUCCAAUCUUGGCAGUCGUGAUUUAUGCUGGACUGAUUGCUGUCAGUAUUCUUAUCUCCAAAAAUAAAGGUUCAGUGCUGCCUGGAGGUGUCAUCGGCUCAGUUAUACAUUACCCCAAAGACAUGAAAGGCAUGGAACCAGAGAGAAAAGGCAAUGAGGAAGACUACGGAGGAAAACGAGUGAUUCUCCCUUGUGUACCACGCUUUCUCGGAGAGAUCUACGAAAACGGGGGUACGAUGGCGCACUUUGGAUUUGAGAGCGACAUCCACAGUAUUUUGAAGCUGGACAUGCCCAUCACAAACGCUCCCAUGGCCAGGUGGCAGCGAAAGGCCAGCUCAUCCAACCCACCCACCGUGAGCGGUUUGUCACCCGGAAAAUCUGCCAAUGCUUCGCUUAGUUCAUCAAAAACGCCGAGUAAAACUCCAGGGAAAAACAAAAAAACGCCCUCGAAAAUGGGUGGCGAUCGCUUCAUUCCAAUUAGAAACAGCAAACAAAUGGAUGUGGCAAAUUUCCUUUUAACAAAAGAGAAUGAACCUGUUGACGCAAACGCAGCUGGACCUUCAGAAAGUCAGAAAGCUUGGUCUGUGUCACUGAAUGGCUACAACAUUGAGGAUGCAAAGAUUCUCCAUCUUACAGGAAAACCACUUAAUGCACCAGAAGGUUAUCAAAACAAUUUGAAAGUCCUGUACAGUCAGGGAACAACCCCCGCUUCUGUGAAAAAGACCCGAUACAUAUCUUCAACGCCUGACAGAAUUUUGGAUGCCCCUGAUCUUAGAAAUGAUUUUUAUUUAAAUCUGCUUGACUGGAGUAGUCGGAAUGUUCUUGCUGUGGCACUUCACAACAGCGUGUACCUGUGGGAUGCCACCCAAGGAGACAUUACUCUGCUCAUGAAGCUGGAGCGUGAGGAGGAUUACAUCUGCUCACUGUCCUGGACUAAAGAAGGAAGCUAUCUAGCUGUUGGCGCCAGUGACGGCAAAGUUCAGUUGUGGGAUGUUGAAAAUCAGAAGCGCUUGCGCAGCAUGGCUAGCCACACAGCUAGAGUUGGAAGUCUGAGUUGGAAUGACCAUAUUCUCUCCAGUGGCUCCAGAUCAGGACACAUUCACCACCAUGAUGUCAGGGUGGCAGAUCAUCACAUUUCCACACUUAUUGCUCACUCACAAGAGGUGUGUGGCCUUAAGUGGUCCCCUGACGGACGAUACCUGGCCAGUGGAGGGAAUGACAAUUUGGUGUGUUUAUGGCCCAGAGUGCAGGAGGGUGGUGCUGGCGACAGUCAGUUGAUCCGCUGCUGGAGUGAACAUCAGGGAGCUGUUAAGGCUUUGGCCUGGUGUCCUUGGCAGCCAAAUGUUCUUGCUUCUGGAGGUGGCACUAGUGACCGUCACAUUCGCAUUUGGAAUGUCAACAGCGGCUCAUGUAUCAGUUCAUUAGACACUCAAUCCCAGAUCUCGUCACUGGUAUUUGCACCCAACUAUAAGGAGCUGGUUUCCGCCCAUGGAUAUGCCCAUAACAAUGUGGCUAUCUGGAAGUACCCGUCUCUUACCAAAGUCGCAGAGCUCAAUGGCCAUGAAGACAGAGUCCUCAACUUGAUUCUGAGCCCAGACUUCUCCACUGUUGCCACUGUUGCUGGAGACGAAACGAUCCGUCUGUGGAAAAGCUUUGAAAUGGAUCCAGUCAAGAAAAAGGCUAAAGAGCGGCUGGUCAAGUCAACUAGCGGUGUAAUUCAUCAGUCUAUUAGAUAACUUGUUUUACUUUGUUUAUGGAGACUUAAGUGCAAAUGUUUUAUUAAUCCACAAUAAAGAUUACUACAGAUCUUCUUCCUGUUGGUGGCAUAAAGGGUUGAUGAGGUGGUAUGGUUUGAAAAUUUUAUUUUCUCUUUUAAGAUGAUUUCACAAUCUAUAAUGUAUUGUCAUGAAUUGUAUACAUUAGAGUAGGUUACAAAUAAAUGGUUUUGUUACCACA